AUGAAAUCGGCUCUCCUCCUCUGUCUGGCUCCGACGAUAGCUCUCGCGGUCCCCGCGGAGCAAGUGCCCGCCGUAGCCCCCAGUCCCUCCGUCCCCAACAUCACCCCACCCAUUCCGCUACCCGCUGUGGCCGACGAUGAAUCUCACGCCCUUCCUGUCGACGUUCGUCAGAUCGUGCCGGUCCUCAACCCCGCCAAUGCUGCUGGCUCCGUCGCCGAGGACCCUGUCGCAACCCCCGUACCCGAUCAAUGGCCCGCCCCGUUGCGGGGGUCCAUCGGCCUGGGCUCCCUCCGAGCCUCGACGGGCAUGACCAAAUCGCUGCGCGCGCGCAGCGAGGGCACCCUGGGCCAGACGCCGUGGAUUGGAAUGGCCAUCGGGCUGACCUGUACCGCGUUGGCGGCGGUUAUGCUGGGGUGA